AUGCCGGCCAGGAGGGCCAACGGUGGGAAGCUUCAGGCACAGACAUUCCAAUCCGCUACACUGAUGCCAAUUCUUGACAAAUUUAAAGAUAUGGGAACUGUUGUUAUGGGGAAGAUAUUAAGAGUAGCUGAACUUGUACAUGUUGAUUUGCAAGCCCAUGUUAAAGUGCUUGCCGUAAGUUGUGAUGAGAAUAAAGUAAGGCGUGCAGGCCCUGGUGAAAAUGUCUGCGUAAAACUGUCUGGGGUUGAAGAAGAGGACAUAUUGUCUGGUUUUGUCUUGUCAUCUGCUGUGAAACCAAUAGCUGCAGUUUCAGAGUUUGAUACCCAGUUGCAGAUCCUUGAGCUAUUGGAUAAUGCAAUUUUCACUGCUGGUUACAAGGCAGUACUGCAUAUUCAUUCUGUUGUUGAGGAGUGUGAGAUUGUUGAGCUGUUGCAGCAAAUUGAUCCGAAGACCAAAAAACCUAUGAAGAAGAAGGUUCUUUUUGUCAAGAAUGGUGCUGUCGGAUUUUUCCGUAUACAGGUCAAUAACUUAAUUUGCAUAGAGAAGUUCACUGAUUUUCCACAGCUUGGAAGGUUUACUCUUCGUACUGAAGGUGAGAAAUGGAUUCUACUCUUAUCAUAG